CUCCCGCACCCUGGGGCGCAGGGCGCGGCCCCCCCCCGCUCCGCGCCUCCCCCGCGUGAUCCAGAGCUCUGGAAUUGGGCGGAGGGGACGCGGGCGCGGCUCCGGCACCGACCCCCAGGUAUCGCGAUGGCGAGCGAGCGGCUGCAGAGCGCUCAGGACCUGCUGGACCUCACCUUCCAGUCGCUGGCCAUGCAGCACAUGGACCUGAAGCAGGUGGAGCUGGACACGGCCGUGGCCAAGGUGGAUGAGCUGUCCCGGCAGCUGGAAUCCCUGUGGAGCGACGGGCCAGGGCCCCCCCCCAGGGACAUUCCCGGCCGGAGCCGCUCCCCCCUGGCGCGCAGGAGCCUGGAGACCCCCGAGGGGGCGGGGGACGCGCUGGGCCCCCCCGGCUCCCCCCGGGCCCCCCAUUUCCUGCAGGGCGAGGAUCGGGCCCCUUCCCCCCGGCCCAAGCUGCUGGCGGUGCCCGGGGGGGGCCGAGCCCCGUCCCCGCGCCCCCCCCUCCGCCCCUUUGAGCUGCUGGGAAUGGGGGGGGGGCCCCGGCCCCUCGCGCCCCCCCCCUAUGAGAUGCACGGGCUCUACCCGUCCAUCGGCGGGGGGGCCGCGGCCUUCCGGGCACAGGAUGACUCCGUGCUCAAGCGGCGCCCCCCGAAGGGUUGGAACGAGUCCGACCUGGACCUGGUCUAUGAGAAGAAGCCCCCCAGCGGGGGGGGGUUCGACCGUCCCACUCCAUCCCUGGGGCUGAUGCUGUCACCAUGGAGGGAGUCGAGCCUGGAUGGGGCCGGAGGGGGCAAGGACGCCGCCUAUGGCGGGCACAGCUCCACCCUGCCCCGCAACUUCAAGCUGCCCCCGGGGGAGCGGCGGGGCCCGGAGGGGCCGUUCCGGCGCGGGGGGGCCGGGUCCCUGCCGCGGGCCUGGCCCGUGUCCCGCAUCCCGGUGCCCCCCCCCGCCGCUCCGCGCCCCCCCCGCCAGAAGCCGCUGCCGCUCUCGGUGAUCUUCAAGCUCCAAAACGCGUUCUGGGAGCAAGGGGGGGGCGCGCCCCGGGCGCUGCCCCUCGGACCCCCCCCCUCCGCGGCGAGGGCACCGCAGAAGCAGCCCCAGGGACCUGCGCUGCCCCCCGGGGAAGGUGAGGGAUGGGGGGGGGGGGGAGCUGCAGCAUUGGGGGUGCGAGGGGGGGCCUCGGUCCCUUCCCGACCGCUUCCUCCGGAGCCGUCGCUGCCGGAGGCGGACUCGGAGCUGGAUCCGGAGGUGCCGGAGCCGGGCGAGGCCGUGGCGCGGCCGCUGAGCCCGACCCGGCUGCAGCCGCUGCUCCCCGCCGAGGCGCAGCGGGACCCGGAGUUCCGCGCCGUUGCGCGCUCCCUCGCGGAGAUGCCGCGGCCGCUCAAGCGCCGCGGGUCCAUGGAGCAGAGCCCGGGACCCCCCCCCCGGGCCCGGCAGUACCAGGAGCUCAUCACCAAGCUCCUGCACCGGGGGGGACCCCCAAACCCCGCCGCCGCUACCGGGGAACCCGAGCCCGGAGCCGGGGCCGGAGCCGGAGCCGCGCACGGUGAAGGUCGCCAAAGUCCCCCCGUGGAACCGGAACCCGACAGCCCCGCGCCCGCCCCGGAGCUGCGCUCGGCGCUGCGGGACCCGGCCUCCCCCCGCAAGCGGCCCGGGGCGCGGGUGCGGCUGAACCCGCUCGUGCUGCUGCUGGACGCGGCGCUCACCGGGGAGCUCGAUGUGGUGCAGCAGGCGGUGGCCGAGCUGAACGACCCGAGCCAGCCCAACGACGAGGGCAUCACGGCGCUGCACAACGCCAUCUGCGGCGCCCACUACGGCAUCGUGGAGUUCCUCAUCGCCAGCGGAGCCAACGUCAACUCCCCCGACAGCCACGGAUG